ACAAAAAGUUGUACUUAAUUCUCUGUCUUCUUUUCUCGAUUCUUGUUUCCUUUCAAUUUAUCCUUUCAUUUCAAAAGAGAAUCCUUCAAACAUCUUCAUAAGUUUUGUGAUUGUCUUCUCACAAAUUUCCAAUAAUUUCAGUUGUGUGGCAGGUUAAAACUGCCACCCUGCUGAAUAACUGAAGAGGAAAGUAUUAGUAAUUGAUACAUGCGGGAAAGCUAACUUCAUGGCACCAAGCAAGCUUAGAAAAGCUAUUGGCGCUGUCAAGGACCGGACAAGCAUAAGCUUGGCCAAAGUUGGAGGCAGCAACUGCUUGUCUGACCUAGAAGUUGCCAUUGUCAAGGCGACUAGACAUGAAGAGUACCCGCCCGAGGAGAGGCACAUUCGAGAGAUUCUAAGCUUAACUGCUUAUUCUCGAGCCAACAUCUGUGCUUGCGUCGAUAACAUCUCUAGACGUCUUGGCAAGACAAAGAACUGGGUUGUGGCGCUCAAGUCAGUAAUGUUGAUCCAUAGGUUGCUCUCCGAUGGUGAUCCCUCUUAUGAACAGGAGAUUUUCUUUGCCACGAGACGGGGAACCAGGCUUCUUAACAUGUCUGAGUUUCGAGACUCCAAAUCCAAUUCAUGGGACUAUUCUGCACUUGUCCGUACCUAUUCAUUGUACCUUGAUGAACAACUUGAGUAUAGGAUGCAAAGCCGCCGUGGAAAGCGUAGUGCCUAUGCCUACGACGAAGAUUUAGAGGAAACUGGUCCUAAUGCCAUCAUGGUGAAACCUACUCCAUUGAGGGAAAUGAAGAAUGAGGACAUUUUCUCAAGAAUCCAAUACCUCAUGCAACUCCUUGAGCGAUUCUUAGCAUGUAGACCCGCAGGUUUGGCAAAGACCAACAGAAUUGUAUUCGUGGCUCUCUAUCCACUUGUGAAGGAAAGUUUCCAACUAUACUACGAAAUAACGGAAAUAAUAACUAUCUUGAUCGAUAAGUUCCAUGAACUAUCAAUCCCCGACUCUGUGAAGGUUCAUGAGAUUUUCUGUCGUAUUAACAAGCAAUACCAUGAGCUUGAACAAUUCUACAAUUGGUGUAAAACUGUUGGAAUUGGACGCUCUUCUGAAUAUCCAGAUAUUGAGAACAUUCCACAGAAGAAACUUGACCUUAUCGAUGCAUUUAUACGGGAGAAACCCAAAUUGGAACAGAAUGGGAAUGCAAUGCAUUAUGAACCAAAGAGAGAGCUGGUUGAAAAAACUCAAGAGCCAGAGCCAGAGCCAGAGUUAGAGCCUCAACAGGAACAGGACAUGAAUGCUAUUAAGGCAUUACCACCACCAGAGGGAAUUCCUGAAGAUACAAAUCAAGAAGAAAAGACAGAGGUGGCAAAAACCCAAGAAGUAGGCAACUUGUUGAACUUGGGUGAAGAUGCACCAACUAUGGAAGAGCAUGGAAAUCAAUUGGCUUUAGCCCUCUUUGAUGGUGGUCCAGCAACUGCUGCUCCUUCUACAACUUCACCAUGGGAAGCGUUCAAAGAUUCAGGGGAUUGGGAAACAGCACUCGUUCAGCACACGAGCCAUUUAUCAAACCAGAAGGCUUCCCUUGCUGGAGGCUUCGACACAUUAAUGCUAGACGGAAUGUAUCAACAAGGAGCAGUAGCUCAGGUGGUAGCCAGCUCAGGUGUUGUAGCUACUGGAAGUGCUAGCAGCGUCGCGCUUGGAUCAGCCGGUCGGCCGGCAAUGCUAGCCUUGCCUGCACCUCCAUCUGCAGGUAGUGGACCUAACACAGCCGGCACAAGCACUGACCCUUUUGCAGCGUCACUGGCAAUAGCUCCACCACCAUAUGUUCAGAUGUCAGAAAUGGAGAAGAAACAAAGAUUGUUAGUAGAAGAACAGGUAAUGUGGCAACAAUAUCAAAGGGAUGGAAUGCAUGGACAAGUAGGAUUAGCAACGGCACAACCAAACCCUUGUGCAUACAAUAUGGGAGGAUACACAAAAACCUUCUAGUGGUUCCCUUAAUUAGAUACAGAAGAACGAUCCAUGGUCGUUCUCUUUGUGGUCUGCGAUGUUCAGUAAAGAGCAAAAGAGGCAUUCAGGAAGAAGGAACGACAAAUAACUAUUCAAGCUCACAUUUUGAUUAAUGUCUUGAUUGCCUGCUCCACGAGUUAGGAACAAUUUUCCAAAUAUGAUAUACAACAGUUGCAGAACUACAUGUUAGAGAAGAUUUUAUAUCACAGUACGUAAUGUAAUAAUUUGCAAUUUUCACUUGUGUCUUUUUCCUCUUUUCCUUUCUACAGUAAGCUCUGAAGUGAUUAUUCAAGCAUAUAUAUGGCAUACAGUGAUUUUUUGUA